AUGUCUCGUGCGAUCUCUUUUACCUCGUCUAUCCGCACACGACCGGGACCAACCGUACACUUCAUCGAUGUAGAGCGUUACACUCACACCAAGGCAUCGCUAGACUUUGGCGCCAGAUCAGCGCCGGACUUUGGGCCCAUUGGCGCCAGAGCAGCGCGAGGCUUUGGCGCCAGAGCAGCGGCUGCCUUUGGCGCCAUUGGUGCCAGAGCAGCGUCACACUUUGGCGCCAUUGGCGCCAGAGCAGCGCAAGGCUUUGGCGCCAGAGCAGCGCCUGCCAUUGGCGCCCGAGCAGCGCCAGGCUUUGGCGCCAGAGCAGCGCCGGACUUUGGCGCCAUUGGCGCCAGAGCAGCGCUAGGAUUUGGCGCCAGAGCAGCGCCUGCCAUUGGCGCCAGAGCAGCGCCAGGCUUUGGCGCCAGAGCAGCGCCUGCCAUUGGCGCCCGAGCAGCGCCAGGCUUUGGCGCCAGAGCAGCGCCGGACUUUGGCGCCAGUGGCGCCAGAGCAGCGCUAGGAUUUGGCGCCAGAGCAGCGCCUGCCAUUGGCGCUAGAGCAGCGCCAGGCUUUGGCGCCAGAGCAGCGCCUGCCAUUGGCGCCCGAGCAGCGCCAGGCUUUAGCGCCAGAGCAGCGCCGGACUUUGGCGCCAUUGGCGCCAGAGCAGCGCUAGGAUUUGGCGCUAGAGCAGCGCCUGCCAUUGGCGCCAGAGUAGCGCCAGGCUUUGGCGCCAGAGCAGCGCCUGCCAUUGGCGCCCGAGCAGCGCCAGGCUUUGGCGCCAGAGCAGCGCCGGACUUUGGCGCCAGUGGCGCCAGAGUAGCGCUAGGAUUUGGCGCCAGAGCAGCGCCUGCCAUUAGCGCCAGAGCAGCGCCACGCUUUGGCGCCAGAGCAGCGCCUGCCAUUGGCGCCCGAGCAGCGCCAAGCUUUGGCGCCAGAGCAGCGCCGGACUUUGGCGCCAUUGGCGCCAGAGCAGCGCUAGGAUUUGGCGCCUGA